UAUGAAGAGAAGGAAAGUGACGUAGUGGGAAAAUUUCUAUUUUCAGGUAACAACGAAAUAAGAAAAGAAACCAUAUACUUGAUGUGGAAAAAAAGAGAGAAAAAAAGGAAAGAGCUAAACAAAUAAACAAACAAAAACAAAAAAUACCCAAGACUAAGAGGCGCCGUUGCAAAGGCAUUGCCUCGACCCAUAACUACUACUACUACUACAUGUUCAAAUGAAAGACGCCGUGAAUUCCAUUGACAGAGGUGCUACCCAGAAGGAUAAUUGGCCUUGUGUACCUAUGGAGCUGCUGACUGCAUGGAUUAGGCAGAAGUAGGCUAGAAGCUGAUAUUUCAAGACAAGGAUAUUCCUGAAACAUGGCUGAUGAAACACUUGCACGAGCUGGCCUUUAUUUUGAUGAGUUGAAUAAAAUUCGAGUUUUGGAACCAGCUGUAGCCCAGCAGACAGCCGAACUUAAGGAGGAAUGUAAAGAAUUUGUUGACAGAAUAAGUGAGUUUCGUCAAAGAGCCGAUCAUUUUAUUUCAGUCGCAGGCACUCUAAGUGAAUCUGUAGAAUCAGAGAAAAUGAGAGCCAUAGGAUCUCGAAACCUCAUAAAGAGUAUGAGUAAACAGCGAGAAGCACAACAGCAGCAACUACUGGCUUUAAUUGGAGAGAAGAAACUGGAGUUAGAGCGAUUAAGAGUCCAGCAUGAAUCACUGCUGCGCACUGAAGGAGACCAGCUCGAAUUUAUUGAACAGUUCAUCAUGCAGAAGUAAUUACAGUAGAACCCCAGACCUCAACUGUAUUAGAAGUCAACAUAAUUGGGUUUCGACAUCAAAUUUUGAGUAAACUUUGCAUUAGAGUUCGAACAAAAUUCUGGAAUUCGACCAGAGUGGCCAUAUGAUGUUUGUAAACAAAACUGUUUCAGUCAACCUCCACUAGUCGGUAAUGUUGGUGGCUUUUUGUGUUACCAGAUCUCUUUGAUGCUAAACUGCACAUAUGAAAUUAUGCUAAUAUGCUAUAUCUAUCAAAAUUAUGCUUGUGGGACGAUAAAAUUAUGCUAAUUUUAUGCUAACUUAGAUCUCACUUUUCAUUUGUUGCUAAACUACAUGAGAAUGUGCUAAAUCUAUCAAAAUCAUGCUAAUGUUAUACUAACUUAGCUCUCACUUCCCUAUAUAUAUGAAAUUAUGCUAAAUCUAUCAAAAUUAUGCUGAUAUUAGGCUUAGCUCUCACCUCCAUUUGAUGCUUUACUAUAUAUGAAAUUAUGCUAAAUCUAUCAAAAUUACUUCCAUUUUAUGCUAAACUCUAUAUGAAAUUAUGCUAAAUUAUCAAAUUUAUGCUAGUGGGAUGACUAAGUUAUGUUAACUUUAUGCUAACAGGUCUCAUUUUUCAUUUGAUGCUAAACUCUAUAGGAAAUUAUGCUAAAACUAUCAAAAUUAUGCUAAUGGGAUGACAAAAUUGUGCUAAUGUUAUGCUAAAUUAAUAUUUUAUUUUCACAGUGAAUAUAAAUAUAUAAGAUAAAGACAAUUGGCCAUUUAUAUUUUCAAGUUGAUAAUCCUUUUUACAGGAAAUAUCUUUAUGGACCUUGGAAGAAUAAAAUUUGGUGCAAUCA